UGAGGAGGAGCCACAGCCAGCGAACAGAGAGAGAGAGAGAGAGAGAGAGAGAGAGAGAGAGAGAGAGAGAGAAAGAGGAAGAGGGAGACACUGAGAACUUCCAUAGAGCUCCCAUUGGCUCUCUGUCUCACACACGGACACACGGAGACACACACACACACAGGCACACGGAUGCACUUCUCAGCCUGUACGCUCCUCUGAUCCUCUAAAAGGCUUCACCCCGCCACAUGAACAGGACACUUUCAAUCCGGACAGUCUGUCUGCCCUGACCAUCCUCACACAAGCCCAAAAGGUCUGCCUCUCCCGGCUGAGUGGAAUACUCUCAGCAAACGGGGGCAAGUGGAGGGACAGGAACAUCAGUGUAUACAGAAGGGAUUUCCACAAACCAAAACAUUAAGCGUUGGCCAAGCAGAGAAUUUGAAGUGUCAAGGACUUGUUGGAAGGCGCUCACCGCCCCAACCUUCAAACACCAACUCCACACACACACACACACCCUGAAAAGUAUGAAGAAACUACAAACACCCAUCUUCAGGGAGGAUGUGAGCCAGCGGUGAUUUCAUGAUUCUGGAAAAGUUCGCAGCGCCAUGAGGGACCUCUAGGGAGGAGUCCGUUUGGAGCAUCUGCAGAGACGCACGUUCGGACGGCACGCACCACAGCGCUGGAGGAGCUUUCCCGGCCGCCCCCAGAUGUAGAAGGUGCAGAGAGCCGUGGGGGUGGAGAGACAGAGACAGAAAGUGUGUGUAUGGUGUGUGUGUGCCCAUCUCAUCCUUUGCCUCAUGAUGAGGGACUUAUUGGACUGGCACUUGUCUUGAGGUCAACCCGAUACAGCGACAUAAAGAUAAGGCUGGAUUAGCCAAGCGAACGAGUUUCAAUGCUCCAAUCCAUUCUAAAAUGAAGUUAUGGAAAGGUGCCACCUUGGCCAUCCUGCUCUGCUGUGCAUCUCUGUGUGUCCUCCUCACUAAGCCUGCCAUGAUGCCCGCCGCGAUGCCCCCCACGCCAGCCAAACAACGCUCUUGGGUGGCAUCCCUGAUGGCACCACCUUUACCGUUGACGUCAUCACCAACAUCAUUGCCCACACAGUCAUCCACAUCCUCAUCACCUCCGAGGUCAGCGAGGAUGGGUGGUCUCCGUCGGCGUGCCCGGUCUGCGGAUAACGUGGGCUCUCUCCUCUCCGAGUUCACCUACCUCUUUCAGAGCUUCACGGAGGGCGAGCUGAAGCAGAUCGUCAGCGCGCUGGUGGACCGGAAGAGUCGUCAGGACGGGCAGGAACAGGAAGACGACGCUCGCAGCAGCGGUGGCCCGUGGAGCUCUGAGGACAGGCAGAGCCGCAGGACUAAGCGUGCCCGCAAGGACCAGCGUCCGUGCGCACUGCGUGAGGUCCACCGGACAGUCAGCGAGCUGGGCCUGGGCUACGAAAGCGACGAGAUGGUGGUGUUCCGCUAUUGCAGUGGCAGGUGCACGGCACGCCGGCGCCACUACGACAUGGUCCUGGAGCACAUGCAGCGGGCUGGCCAACUGGACAACAUCAGCACGUCCCGUGAACGGAAAGGCAGGGGGCGGAAGGACAAGGCCCGCUACAGCCCCUGCUGCCGGCCCACUCGCUACGAGAAGGACAUGUCCUUCUUUGGCAACAACAACAUCUUCUACACGAUCCCCGACGUGUCAGCCAGGGAGUGCGGCUGCGUGUGACAACCCCGGUGUAGGGGGGGUACAUGGGGCAGGGGAGUUGGAGAUGUACUGUGAUUGAGGGGGAUGAUGGAUUACAGAUGCCUGAAAAAAGUGAUGUGACAUGGCCAAUGCCCAAAGGGCUGUGGGGGUCACAAUCAGCCUUAAGAAAGGCGUUUGUUUCUCAAGUGUCCAAAGGUCAGAACCUCCACUAAGACCAGUAAGACAGUAAUGGAAACCUGGAGACUACCAAAGGCCUUUCAUGACAGACUUGGAACCAUUGUAUACACUUGACACUGAAACGAUUCUCAUGACUUAUUCUGGAUAGACCAUAGACCAGCAAAAUAUCUGGCUAGGAAUGUUUGUUUUUGAUGAGUUAACUGCUUAUAAAUGUUAUUUUAAUGAUGAAGUAUUAAGUUGUUUGUAUGUGCAUAUCUACCUCAAAUUUUGAUGUUCCUUUUCCGUUUUUCCUGGACUGAAAAUCCAAUCAAUUCAGUGACUACACACCCAUCUCCUUGUACUUGAGCAUUCAGUCAUAUAAUUUAGUAUAUCUUUUUUGUUCUUUUAUACUUUCUAAAAUCUAUCAGGUCAGGCUGUACAAAUAGGUCUCAAAUACAAAUGACGAUAUUCUAAAUCUCCUGCUUCAAAAGCCUUGCCAAAACAACACAUUAAAUCCCAUUCAAACCCAUACUUCUCUUAACAGAGUUCCCAUCCAAACCCAAACUUGCCUCUAACAAACUUUUUAUAACACAAAAGUAUAUUAUUCUUCUGCCCAGAUAGAAGUAAAUAAUCGCUCGUCGACAUUCCACUCAGCCUAGUGAAAACAAACCUGUUACAGUGCUCAGUAAAUUAUGAGGCUAUCUCAGACAGGCAGUUACAGUCACCUGUCAAAGCAGAUUUGCAUCGCACAGGUUUCAAUGCAAAAGGGCAAUCCCAGCCAUUACUGACGUCAAUGUCCUCCCACCAGUGAAACUUGCAGUCAAAUGCAGACAUCAAGAGGCAUUCAUCAAACCACAUGAAUUAGUUUAUUGAAUGCAUUUGUGAUUGACCUGCGUGGUGUACCCAGUGUGACAAAGAUGCCACGUGGCCUGCUGCAUCUUUGUCACACUGGGUUUUCAUGCAAGCUUCACUGCCCUAAUGCACAGGGAAAGAGCUUGCUGCUCCCUGUUCCACAAAGUGAAGCAAAUUAAACCAUUACCUUACAGUUAAAUAAAGAAAAAUCCACAACAGGAUUAGACCUGAGCCAGAACUCAUCACAGUUUAAAAAAAGGGCCGAUGUCUUCACUAAUGUGCUUAAAUGCAAGUAGCAGGGAGGACUACAGACAUGCCUGCUUGCUCAGUCUCACACGAAUCAUCAAAGUGAGCUGUCGCAUGUAAGACCAUUACCGCACCUAGUACAGAGUGUUACAGAUACAAGCAAUGUAACAUCUAAAAUGCCUACGUUGUCUGUAAAACCCAUUCCAUGUGAGUUUUCUUUUUUUUUUUUUGCAAAAAAGUAUACCCUUAAUGGUUUAUUUUACUAAUACUUUAUGUUGGCUUUG